AUCCAAAGCCCCAUCGCCCCCGUGUCAGAGUCAGCCCCGCAGCUGCUGCUCCAUGCGGCCCCGGAGCCUCCCGCUGACCCGUGGGGGACGUGCCCAGCCAGCCCCCCAUGAGCUGGGAAAGGAUCCCUCUGCUCUCUUACAGGGGAUGCGCAAAGACACCCAUCCCCGCGGACUGGGUCUUUCAGGUGACAUUGCAGCCCGGUCUCUGUCCAGCUCAGUGUGGACAUUAAAGAGCUCUGCGGCUUUUAGUGAGAGGCGGCUGCCUCGCUCCCCAGGUGAUCAGAGCCGGAGAAACACCGUGUAAAGAGCAGAUCAGACCUGCGUGUAAUCCGCGGGGUGCCCCAAGGCCAUACACUUCUCCUAUCUGGCAGGGACCGUCAUGCAGAAGAUGGAGUCAGAGCAACUGGAGAGGCUGCGUCAGGCAAACCAAGACCUUCUGGAAAGGCUCAAGGUGAAGCAGGAAGAGAUCAAGAAAAGACUUCCUCGCAAGCCACUCUCAGCAUCCUCUCUUUCCAGAACAACUCCUCCUGCAGAGAGAGCUGUCCCUGUUCCUAAGAGAGGGAAGGAGAACCAAGUCCGUGCGACGAAGGGCGCGACGGACCCUGUGAUGCUAGUGUCUGUGGAACCCAGAGCCAGCGCAGCCAGGGCAGCCCUUCGUUCGCCAUUGAAACCCGUAGUGUGCGGCAGGGAGGGGAGGGGUGUGCUGCACUGCAGGGCAGGGGCGCAUCCGGAUUCCCUCAGGGCAGAACGAAGCUUCACACCAGCAGCUUCCAUCACCAGAGAAACCUCUAGAGUGGCCAGAGACGGCAGCGCCCUGAGAAGCCCUGAGGAAGAAUCCAGCCCUGUGGAAGACAGAGAAAGUAGAAAGCAAUCCACCAUGCUCCACGGUGCCCAGGAGAGGGGCAGGCCAUGGGCUGAGGCAGAGACGCCGCUGGGCAGGACCCCAGCGGAAGGGAGUGGCCGGCAGCAAACGGCCAUUAGAGACUCCAGGACUCCCAAAUCAAUCCUGCUGACGCCUGGGGGUAAAGAAGUCAAGAAGGAAGCCGGACGAGUGACUUUUCUGUCGGACCCUGAGGAAUACACCAUUCCCGCCGAUAGCUGGUCAGCGCGUCCUUUCUUGGGCUACGACUGGAUUGCAGGGCUGCUGGAGACGGACUCGUCGUUGUCAGAGAAAUCUGAGCAGUAUUUCACUGAGCUCAGGGAGUUCCGGCAGGUGAACAAGGAAGCAUGUGUCCAUGAGGAAGACCUGGGGCCAGAGGCAGUGGAUUUCUUGGCUCCUGAGCAAGAAGCAGACUUGGAUUCCAGUUCCCAUCAGUGUAUUUAUUGCUAUCGAUUAAACAGGCGCCUGUUUACCAUCCCUGUGGAUUCCCAGUCUGCCUGUCCCGUGUGUAAGACCCCGAGAGCCCGACGCCCUCUGGAGACGCUGGAGGAACCAGCCUACAUCAGGGUCAGCAUUCCCAGGUCCACCCUCCUGCCUGCCUAUAAGUACAAAAUCCAUCGCCGGAAGAGCUUUGAACCAGCAGACGAUCUGGCUUUACCCUCGCCAGCGAAAGGGACACAUGGGGGAAGUGAGCACUGCCUGGCCAGUUGGGAGAACGUCGUCCACUCCAGCAGCCCCACGCUUAGCAGUUUGGAUCUGCGAACUUCACUGCAACAAAAACCCACUGACCGUUCUCACCUGACCUUGGCAUCCCGAACGUCCGGAGGAACCAGAACUGACCAGCUCCUAACCCUGUCCCGCUUAGCUCAGUUCAGACUUAGCAUUGCUUCUCAGCAGAGAGCUCCAGACAAGCCACUACGCUACAGAGCAGCUCCUAAUUAAAGUCCUACUGUCUCAACUAUAUCAGCUGCUAACCUGAUUACCCAGGGGCCGUGGGGGAUACUGGGAGUAAGUAAAAAUGAUGGGAUUUGCCUAAAAAUUAACCUUUAGAGGAGGGAUUUUUCCGAGUCCUGCAAGUGCAAACACCCUUGCAAAAAUCCACGUGCAUGUGCGUAUUGGAAUUGCACAAGUUGCGAUUAGACAAUAGCUGAAAUUGCUUGCAGUUGACCAGUUUUGGCCUCUAACUGGCCCAUUGUACAUACAGUCACCACAGUUGUGUGCAUGCUUUGUACUUUCCCACCCAGGGGUGUAAACUGAGUGUACGUGGUAAGUUGCUGUAAGACAUAUCUGGUAGGUUUAAGAAAACAGAAUGACUAGUCCUGCUCCUUGUAAUAGAACAGUCAUCGGGUAUAUUGCAAUAGACACAUACAGAGCGUUCAUCCACCCAGCUCGUAAAAACGAUACAAUUGACUCAUCAAACCAAGAAUUCUGACUCUCUGGACAAGGAGUUGAGACUGUAAGCUGCAUGGCACAGCAUGAGGUGUGCAAAGAUGCUCAGUUUCAUGCUUCCAGGAGGUUUGGGACAUGAUUAAUUCUUACAUUAAAGAAUGACGACACUGACUUAGUUCUAAUAAGAAAAACGUUCGUUUUUGUGCAUUAUCUUUGGACAGAGGAUUUGGUGGGUCAUGUUCAGCAUAGAUCUGUUGGGGGGGAAAGAAACCAUUGUCAAAGAAAGAGGAGUUUUAUGAAUCACAAAGCCACAAAAUGCCUUAGAACAUGGUGACAUCAUGUUUACCUCUGAUUGUAAAAGGCUGCUGGAAAGGCAUUUUGAAGACAUGCUCAUGGAGGUUUUUGACUGCAAUGAAGUAAUGUGUGAGAGUUUGUUCUGAGGUGUGUAAUGUGGUGUGGUUUUAUUUUCUCUUUAGGAAAUAAAUAAGAGUUUUAUAUCUUCUAAUAUAACACCUGGAAUGUAGAGUUCUAUCAUAGGACUUCUAUGGAUUGUAGUCAAGCCUUCAUAACUCAUAAGUAAGGCUACGAUUUACUUACAAGUAUUUUUGGUAUAGUCAGUGUAGUAUAUACCAGGGGUUCCCAAUGUGGUGUCCGUGGGCACCAUGGCAUCUAAGUACACCUGCAUACCAGCCGGAAGACGAA